CUACUGAAGCCUUAGACCGGUAGAUUUUGGAGACCAUAUCUGGGGGCCCAGUGUUAGAUGUUUGAAUGACACUGAAAUCGAUCAACAACAAGAUGCAACGAUCUACGUUCACCUUCAUGCUGCUGAUGCUCGCGAUCCUGGGGGAUCAGUUGAUCGGCAGCGCCUACGGAGGACCGGCGCAGAUGCAGCAGAUGCGCUUUCGACCGCGAUAUCCCCGGAGGGAUCCUUCCUACCUGUCGGCGUACAACAUCCACAAAACGUUCAAGGCACGGGACGUCAACGAUCUGGACGCGCAGCAAGCACGCAAGGCCAUGGUUGAUGUUCAGCAGACGAUCGCCGAGGUCCAACGAUUGCUAGCUCAGGACCCUACGCUCCCGAGGUUAACCAGGGGAGAGAUCGAAGAGCUAUUCGAGAAUGUGACCCGCGAGGAGUUGGCAAAAUCGCUCCGCGAAGGCGAUCAGACCCGUGCACAGCACAUGCGAGCACUGAUGUUGGUCCUGCCAUAUCACACCAACAACAUGAACCCGGAAAACCUUCAAAACUUAUACACGCUUCCCCCGGUGACGAAGUUAGUCCCGAACGAGAUAGCUCCGAAGAAGAAUCCCGGAAAUGUCCCAACGAGAGAGCCAUCGCAGAUGCCUCCAACGAAGAUGAUCGUCACUACAAUGCGGCCUACUUUUAAGCAGCGAACUCCGGUCGAAGAACUGACGCGCCCAUUGUUGACGACGCCCGUUCCAAUUACAACGAUUCGAUUCACCACCCACAAACCGACUACGUUCCAUCCGGCGCUGCCAAAUGUGAUCCGAGACGAGGUGAAACCAUCCCAAACGAAGCUCCGAAUUGCAACGACCAGUGAAGCGCCAGCCGAGUUCGUCACGCAACCAAUUGAACCGGUUAGUGCUGACGCACCUAUCAGAGUGGAACUCCCGAUUGCCACCACGGAAGCCGUCAAGAACUCUGAGAUCAACGACAUCCUGGCAUCGCUCGGCUUAGGAGACGGAGUUCUUCCCACUUUCAGACCGCUUCCCCUGGAGAUGACCUCCCCAUUCGAACUGACUACGGAGUUCAACGUUCCGCAGGUAGAAGACCCCGACAAUGCGAAUGAAGAGCUCAAGAUACUUCUGCGAUCGUUCGGUCUGCUAAACGACGGUGGCAACUCGGUUGGAAUCAACCCAAUCCGAGUUGAUCCGCUUUAUCCGGAAACCUUAUCGGAUGUCCAGCCCUCCCAUUUGAUCCAAGACGAAGGCCUGAAGGUUGAAGAACUGGAACCCUCCGCUCCGGCGAUGACCAAACCGGACAUCAAACCAGAUGACUACGUUGCCUUCAAACCCCUGCCUAGCGACGUACCUAACUUGAAUGAAGAUCUUGAUCAGUUGUUGAAGUCCUAUGGAAUUCUUGACAACGGCGAGCGGAAAGAGAAAUCCAUCAACACGGAAUCGAGCACCAGUGCCGCCAGCUUGGGAACAACCGAGAUGGAAGGAUUGCCCAUGAUCGAUAAGGACCUGGUCGUGCCGCAGAUGGCUUCCAUUCUGGACAACUUGGGCAUCCAAACCAUGAAGAAGGAGCGCAACGGUCGCAAGCUGGAUAUGAAGAAGGAAACCAACGGAGUCGAGUUAAAAUCCAAUGGGGUUGCCUUCCGUCUGAAAAAGAAGCAGGAAAAACCCGAAAAGGUCGUCAACGAAGAUUACCGCAAGCUUGAACAACUAUGGGAAACGAUCCGAGAACUAGAAAAGCUCAAUCCCAACAUCACCGAAGAGUCGUUGGAAUCGCUAAACCUGAAGAACUUCAACUUGAGCGACUCCCUUCUAGCUCAGGGACCGAACCCCCUGGAGAGCUACGACUACACCCGCAGCAACGACAUCAAGAAGCGCCAACAACCGACCACCGAGGAUACCCCGACGCGAAUCUCGCUGGAUCUAGCCAUAAACUCAAACUCUUCCACUGAAAACAGUACUUCCAACCAGGUCGAAAUCAUCUCCACCACUACCGGAGAACAGCCGCGUAGCACACUGCUGGAUGUGGAUUCGGAAGCGGAAGCACCAAGCUCAACGACCACGGCCACUUCGACGACCACCAUGGAAUCAUCCAGCAGCAGCAGCAGCAGCACCAGCAGCAGCAGUAGCUCGGACGGCUCGGCCCGUUUCACUGCGCUGGAGGAAUCGUUCGGAGGGGGAGCGGACCCGGUUGCACAGGAACCGCUGCCAGCGCCACGGAGAAACGGAUUCUACUUCCUGGUUGAUUGGAACUCGUUCCUGGAGGUAGGAGAAGACCCCAACAAGGUAGUGAUCAAUUUUCGACCGCAGACAGGCGAUCCUAGCCGGUUCCUGCCGGUGAAUGUGCCGUAAAUUUUCCAAUUGUUUAAGGGGUGUUAGGGCGUAGAUUUCUAAUCGGCAGCAACUGCUUCUGACGCAAAAUGGUGGCAGAGGUGAAGUUUUUUUUUGGCAUUUUUUAAGGUAAAAAUAAGCAUGAGAAAAAUUCCACAAAGAGAAAAAGGAAGAAGAUUUUAUUAGUAAUUUCUCGGUAAGAAGCAAAGCUCUUCCAUACACAAAAUACAGACAAGCGAUAACGAUUACGAUUUUUAGAAGGAAGGGUCCAAUUCUUUCAGUUCUAUUUUCCUACCCAUUUUUUUCUGUACAUAGGUAACUUAUAGAACUCGUAUUUAUUUGUAAAUUUGCUAGGAAACUAGAUAAACUAGGGGUGACAAACUGUACCAGAGUGGAUGCAAUAAAUA